UUGACGAACUUUUGGUUUCAGUUCUCAGAUGUUGGGUAUAAAAAGAGCUGAUAGUUCGAUUGGGAGUCACAGUUAGAAACCCGCUACUGCUCGCAAAAGGUCCUCAAAAACUCGAAUCCACUGAAAAUGGCCGACAAGAAGAAUCUCCUCCUGCUGUUCGACCAUCCCACGGAGCCCGUGUUCAUGGACAAGGGAGGCAAUGGCACCGUGUUCGAUGUGCCCGCCUCCUACGUGACCGAUCGCUACAACAAGAUGUGCAAGAAGGUCCAGCGACGCGUCAGCGGCGGGUUCGAGAAGAAUGUCCUGGUUAAGGAGAUCCCCAUCCCGGAUCUCAGCUGCUCCAUGAGACUGGGCCGUUCGGAGCAGUUCUCGCUCUUCCUGGAGUCCCACCGCCAGAUGGCCUGCCACCUGAUCGAUGUCUUCAUCAAAAUGCCCACCGUGGAUGAGCUGCAGAGCGUGGCGGUGUACGCCAGAGAUCGUGUCAACCCGGUGCUCUUCAACUAUGCCUUGUCGGUGGCCAUGCUCCAUCGAUCGGACACCAAGGACCUGGGUCUGCCCGCCUUCGCGCAGAUCUUCCCGGAUCGGUUCAUCGACUCGCAGAUGCUGCGCACUAUGCGCGAGGAGUCCUUUGUGGUAGAGCGGUCCGCUGCCCGCCUGCCCGUCCAUAGUUCGGUCAAGUACACCGCCUCCGAUCUUGACGUGGAGCACCGGCUGUGGUACUUCCGCGAGGACCUGGGCGUCAACCUGCACCACUGGCACUGGCAUCUGGUCUAUCCCAACACGGCUCCCGACCGCAGCAUCGUGGACAAGGAUCGUCGUGGCGAGCUGUUCUACUACAUGCACCAGCAGAUCAUUGCCCGCUACAAUGCCGAGAGGCUGUGCAACCACAUGGCCCGUGUGCAGCCGUUCAACAACCUGGAGGAGCCCAUUGCCGAGGGCUACUUCCCCAAGAUGGACUCCUUGGUUGCCAGCAGGGCGUUUCCUCCACGUUUUGACAACACCCGGCUGAGUGACGUCGACCGGCCCAUCAACCAGUUGAGAGUGGGAAUCGACGACAUGAAACGUUGGCGCGAACGCAUCUAUGAGGCCAUCCAUCAGGGCUACGUUUUGGAUGCGAACCAUAAAAAGAUCGUCCUAGAUGACGUGAAGGGGAUCGACAUCCUGGGCAAUAUCAUAGAGAGCUCCCAGUUGACGCCCAACAAAACGCUGUACGGCGACCUACACAACAAGGGGCACAUAUUGAUUGCGUUCUCCCACGAUCCGACCAACAAGCACCUGGAGUACGCGGGCGUCAUGGGCGACGCCUCCACCGCGAUGCGCGAUCCGAUCUUCUACAAGUGGCACGCCUUCAUCGACAACUUGUUCCAGGAGCACAAGCGUCAGCUUUCACCCUAUACGGAGGAGGACCUGACCUUUCCGGAUGUUCGCGUCCAGAGCAUUCAAGUGGAGAGCCAGGGUCAGGUCAACAGGCUGACCACCUUCUGGCAGGAGUCCGAUGUGGACAUGUCCCGCGGCCUUGAUUUUGUGCCACGCGGCCAUGUCCUCGCUCGGUUCACCCAUCUGCAGCACCACCCAUUCAGCUACACCAUCGAGGUGGAGAACUCCAGCGAGGCCACGCGGUAUGGAUACGUGCGCAUCUUCCUGGCGCCCAAGCUGGAUGAUGGCAAUGCAACCAUGCUGCUGGAGCAGCAGCGCCGGAUGAUGGUGGAACUGGACAAGUUCGUAGUUACCAUGCCUCCCGGAAGCCAUACUAUUACCCGGGACUCCACGGAGUCAAGUGUCACCAUUCCGUUCAAGCGCACCUUCCGGAACAUGGACAAUCCGGGUGAACCACAGAACUUCUUAUGCGGCUGUGGCUGGCCCCAGCACAUGUUGAUUCCGAAGGGUCGGGCCGAGGGUCUGAGUUUCGAGCUCUUCGUCAUGGUUUCCAACUACGAAGACGAUAAGGUCGACCAGAAGCCAGAGGAUUGUGAGUGCAGCAUUGCCGCUUCCUACUGCGGACUGCGCGAUCGCCUCUAUCCGGAUCGCAAGUCCAUGGGCUUCCCCUUCGAUCGCCAGCCCCGCAGUGGCUCUGAGCUCCUGGAGAAGUUCCUUACGCCCAACAUGUGCUCCAUCGAGGUCAUUAUUUCCCAUGAGGCCCGCACCGAAAAGAUUCCCGAAUUGCCGGACCACUCUUGAUUUCGUGACACAUCGUUUUUUGGCGAAUGAUAGCAGUUCUGUACCCACAGUAUUUCAUUUGCUGCCUUAUAAAGACGUCAGUAAUAACGGUCUAACUUUCUCGCCGUGUAGGAAAUACCAAAUAAAAUGAUGAAA